AAUACACCCCCCCCCCCACACCUCCACUCCCAAUCAUAUAUGGAUCUUAGGAAUAGAAGUAGGCACCAUUCCUUUUCAAAUAUGAGCAUCACUGCCUUAAGCAAACGUUCUAGUUCUACGCUUCUGCUUGUGAUGUUCAAAAGAUUGUUAAACCAAUAAUGGCUAAUGGAAUUGAAAAUGGAACUGAUUCUAUACCCAAAGAAGUUCACCCAGAAAAGGGAGUCCCUAUUUCUUCUAGAUUAAGAUCUGCUAAAAGUUCUACAAUUGCUGAAAAAGGCACUAUAAUGAAAAAAAUAGCUAAGCCUCAGAAGUUAAAGCCCAAAGAAAAAGAAGAGGAUUCUGAAUCAAAUAAUACAGAGAUUUUAGAAGAGGACAAUCAUAGUCCCAAACAAACUGAUGAAAAGAAAUUAACAAAAAAGAAACAAGCUACAUUGAAGAUAUCUGCUCAAUCCACAGUAAUAUCCUCAAAAAAUCUUGAAAAUAAGAUGGAUACCCUCAAUAAAAAGCCCAAAACAUUAUUGAACAAAAUAUUCACCAAUUUAAAUCAAAUCAAUUUUGAUUCCCAAUCUAAAUCAUCAAGGAAUAAGCUAUGGAAUUUUAAAAUAACUUGUUGGAAUGUGGAUGGACUAAGGGCUUGUAUUAAAAAAAAUGGAUUGGAAUUUCUGGAGAAAGAAUUACCCGACAUUUUAUGCUUGCAAGAAAUAAAAUCGGAAUCUCACAAAAUCCCGGACCUCAACUCGGAAGGAGAAUUGCUAAAGGAUUAUCAUAUCCACUGGAAUCCGGCUAAAAAAGCCGGUUAUUCGGGAACCGGUUUGAUCAGCAAAAUAAAACCGCGCGAUGUUAAAUAUGGAAUAGGUAAACAUGAACACGACAACGAAGGAAGGGUUAUAACAGCUGAAUAUGACCAAUUCUAUCUGGUCAAUGUGUAUAUCCCUAAUUCUGGCAAUAAGCUUGUCAGACUCGAAUACAGACUGGAAUGGGAUAGAUGCUUCCGAAAUUACUUAACCGAUCUUGAUGCCAAGAAACCGGUCAUAAUAUGCGGUGAUUUGAAUGUCGCGCACAACGAAAUAGAUCUCAGAAAUCCUAAAACUAAUACAAAAAGUGCGGGCUUUACCAAGGAAGAACGAGACAGUUUCGGCGAACUCUUGCGAUGCGGAUUCGUGGAUACGUUCCGACACUUUUAUCCGGAUAUGGAAGGGCAGUACACUUAUUGGAGUUACAUGUUUAGCGCGCGUAUCAAAAAUAUCGGAUGGAGAAUCGAUUAUUUUAUAGUAUCCGAAAGACUAUUGCCAAGGAUAUGUGACAGCAUCAUCAGGAAAGAAGUGUUUGGUAGCGAUCAUUGUCCCAUAACUCUACUCCUAGAAUUGGACUGAAAUAAUUAAGUCACAUGUUUUUUAAAAUUCUAUAUUUAGAUAUCGCUCUUUUAUCAUUUAUAACUUGUCAUGUAUAUAAAUUACACUUUUAAAUAUUUUUUGACAAAAUUAUAACAAAAAUAUUAUCAGUUUUUACUUUAUUUUCCUAAAGGAUUUUA